AAUUGCCGGGAGGCGGGAAACGAUACGCAUUGCAAUUAUUGCAAUUUUAUGUUUUGAAAAUGUCUAUACAAGUUGAAAAUAAUUUAAAUAAAAGUGAAAACCAACAAGUUUUCGAGCAACGCGCUCAUUAUAUACCUUGUAAAAUUGAAGAAGAUGGUCCUGCUAAUGUAAAGAAAUAUUUCGAGCCCUACGUUACGGAAAACGAAGAAGAAUUAUCCGCAACCUUUCGUGGUCACCAUCUGGAUGGUAUUAAAAUGAAAUUGCCAGAUGGUUAUAAAGCAGUUAUACUUACCGAAGCAAAAAGACCACUCUCCGAAGAAGCUGAACGAAAAUUUCAGGUUGCAGGUGGAUUUAAAGAACUGUUUUACUGGAAUUGGGAUAAGAAGCCUUCUAAAAAUGAUAAUUUAGUAAGAGCUAUGGAAUGGAUUGAUAUCGCUGAAGCUAUUCACGGAGACUGAAAAUUGUGUAAAACUGGAAAUGGGCAGGAUACCUAGAUAAUGUACAAUAAGAUGAAGACUGCAAAGGAAUUUAAAUAAACUUAUCAAAGGCUAUUUUUUAAAUGCAAUGAUGUCUGUCUUUCUGUGUUGUAGAUAGGUGAAUUGGAAAAUGGGCCACCUGAUAUACAGUGGUCACCAUAACCAAUAGACAUUGCCACUGUUAGAAAUAUUUAACAUUCCUUACAUCAUCAAUGUAACACUAACCUUGUAAACUAAGAUCUUGUGUCCCAUGUGCCUGUAGUUACACCGGCUCACUCACCCUUCAAACUGGAACUCAACAAUACUGAAUACUGGUGUUUGACAGUAGAAUAUCUGAUGAGUGGGUGGUAUCUACGCAGUCAGGCUUGGAAAGGCCUAACACCAAGUAAACUAUGCCGAAAAUAACCUAUUUUCAUUGCUCAUUUUAAUAUAAUAUUGAAUACUAAAAAUCCAUUCAGUUUAUACAAAUAUUGAAAAAAUUGAAAAAGUGUUAUAUAAAAAAAAACAAUUGAAUCUCUAGGUAAAUGAAUACAACCUUUCAAUUUAUAUAAAUAUCUUUAUUGACUAAAACUUAAAAUAAAUUCUAAUUAGAACUUUGUUA